GAUAACUUUGUUUUCUCUGUAGCUGGAUACCUUUCAAGAAAUGCUGGAGUCAACAAAGCUGGAGAAGAGCGCAGCAGAGGAGGAGAGAGGCCAUGCCCAUGAGCAGGUUCUCAGUCUUAUCCGGGAAUGUAAUGCCUUAGAAGAACAGAUCCACCGCUUGUCGAAGGAUAAGUGUCGCCUUCAAGAGCAGGUAUCGAGCCUUGAGAACGACCUCCGCAAGGUGAGGGAUCAUGCCCAGGAAGCCAAGGAUCAACUGGCCAUGAAGGUCGAGCAAUUAGUUGCCAUCGAGAAACAACUGAAGGAGAUUAAGGUAUCCCAUAUAUUGAAAUUCUCAUUAAAGUUCUGGUUACUAGCACAGGUGGUGAUAGGUCACAACAUAGGUGGUGAGAGGUCACAACACAGGUGGUGAGAGGUUAUGACACAAGUGGUAGCGCAACAACUUCAACCCUUCAAAAUGCAUGCACUGU